AUGGGGUGGGAUCGGGCUAAAAAGGCUCAAUUCAAGGAGUGCCUCACCUCUGGCACGUCAGUUUUAUCACAGUUGGAUCAAGACAACAUGGGUGAUACACCACCUAUAUCAUGGGUGCAGCUAAAAUGGAUUAGAUGUUGUAUACUGCAGCAUCCAGAUGGGACUGUCCUGAAGCAGUUGCAACCACCACCUCGUGGUCCCAGGGAGCAGGAGUUUUACAACAAGGUUUAUGACUCUGACUGUUGCGACAGCAUUCUUCUGGAGCUGCGGGAAUAUCUGCCAAAAUACUUCGGUGUCUGGUCACCACCUACUGCACCAAAUGAUAUGUAUCUGAAACUGGAAGAUGUGACCCGUAAGUUUAAUAAGCCUUGCAUAAUGGAUGUAAAAAUAGGUCAGAAAAGUUACGAUCCGUAUGCUUCAGCUGAGAAGAUACAGCAGCAGGUCAGCAAGUACCCGCUGAUGGAAGAGAUUGGCUUUUUGGUACUUGGCAUGAGGGUUUACCAUGUCUCUUCUGACAGCUAUGAGACGCAAAACCAGCACUAUGGAAGGAGCUUGACAAAGGAAACAGUAAAGGAUGGCAUCUCAAAGUUUUUUCACAAUGGAUACUGCUUGAGAAAAGAUGCGAUAGCUGCCAGCAUUCUGAAGAUUGAAAAAAUUUUGAAGUGGUUUGAGGGCCAGAAGCAACUCAACUUUUAUGCAAGCUCAUUACUGUUUGUCUAUGAAGGUUUGUGUCCGGCAGCAACCAUGCGGUUGAGCGAUGUCACUUUGGCAGAGAAGAGAGGAGUGCCCAGAGGACUGUUAUCAGGUGGAGACAUACUGGAGUAUAAUAAUAAUAUUCAUGUAAUAAAUUCUACAGAGAAUGGAAAAAUUGAGGCCUCUGUAAGUAAAGGCUUGUCCAAAUUUUAUGCACUUCACAAAAAGGCAUACUCUAAGAGGCACCACAGUCAGCUCUCACUAAAAGUUGAAAACUUGGAGCAAGACAACAUGUGGAAAAGCAGCACGUGCAUUGCACAGGAGCAUCUGAACGGAAACGUUAUACCCCAACUGGAAAAAGUUUUCUGUCACAUGCCAGCAGAGAUCAAGGAAAGCGCAAACGUUGAAGUCCGAAUGAUAGAUUUUGCGCAUGUGUUUCCUAGCUACACAAAGGAUGAGGGCUACAUUUAUGGUCUGAAGAAUUUAAUCACAGUACUUCAAAAUAUUUUGGAUAACUAAAUUCUUUGCUAUGGUUUUUACUGGGGGCCAAUGAUAAAGAAGAGCAACAACAUGAAGAAUUUCUGCACUUGUAAUGCUGUAUAACUGGGUUUGUAUUGUUCUAUAUUUUAUUUGUCUUUGUACUUUUGGUAGAAGGGUUUAACUUUUUAUAAUCUCACUCAGGAAAAUAAUUGAUAGUUAAUUAGGGAGUGUGAAAGGAUGAGGAUACUGGAGAUUAAGCAAGCUAGGUAAAUUAGUAGAAUGAAAUGUAUAUGGUUGGCUUUAAUCCAAGGACUACAGCUGUACAAUAAGCAAGGGUUAUAUUAGUUCCCAUAAGGACUUUAGCGUAGACAACAUUUGCCCACUUAGCCUUGACACUGAGCCGUAUCUCCAUUAACAGGUUUUUAGAAAAUGGACUGAAAAUGCUAACGUGCAGGAUUGAUGUCCUCAGUACUGCCCUCUUGUGUUUACUGUAUUUGAAAAACUGGAGUUAACCCUACUUGGAGAGAAAUCCCAUUUUGAGUCGGUAGUCUAACCUGGAAGCCAGUGUAUCAAAAAAGUGCUUUUCGAUGUCACGGGAUGAUAUUGCUGUUCUUUCAACCCUGCUGUGGGCACUUCCCCUCUUGGUGGUUGUCCGUAGCCGAUGUUCAGCGCAGACAAGCUACAACGUAAUUUGGGUUGAGGUGCUAAGAAAAUGCUGGAGUAAAAUAUCGUAACGGGCUUAAACUGCACAACUCCUAGAGAAACAGUUUGUUCCUAAGAAAG